AUGGGACAGUGUGGAAUUACUUCAUCCAAAACCGUCUUGGUGUUUCUCAAUCUCAUAUUUUGGGCUGCUGCUGGAAUUUUAUGCUACAUUGGAGCCUAUGUGUUUAUCACAUAUGACGACUAUGACCACUUCUUUGAGGAUGUGUACACUUUGAUUCCAGCUAUCAUAAUAAUAGCUGUGGGGACUCUUCUGUUCAUCAUUGGUCUGAUCGGCUGCUGUGCCACUAUACGUGAAAGCUCCUGCGGUCUGGCUACUUUUGCUGCCAUUCUCCUGCUGGUGUUUGUAACAGAGUGUGUCGUGGUGGUGCUUGGUUACAUAUACAGGGCAAAGGUAGAAGAUGAAGUGAAUCACUCCAUUCAGAAGGUUUACAAUGAAUACAACGGCACCAACACUGAUGCACCAAGCCGUGCUAUUGACUAUGUGCAGAGGCAGCUUCACUGCUGCGGCAUUCACAACUACUCUGACUGGAGGAACACUCGCUGGUUUAAGGAAUCCAAAAACAACAGCGUCCCAGUCAGCUGCUGUCAACCCAGCAUCAGCAACUGUACCGGCACUCUGACUCGACCAGCAGAUCUCUACCAAGAGGGUUGUGAAGCUCUUGUUGUGAAGAAAUUAAAGGAGAUCAUGAUGUAUGUCAUAUGGGCCGCACUAACUUUUGCAUCUAUACAGAUGCUGGGCAUGCUCUGCGCCUGCGUGGUGCUGUGCAGGAGGAGUCAUGACCCAGCAUAUGAGCUGCUGGUCACCACCAACAGCUAUGCAUGAAGACCAACAAAGCACUCAGAAAAGCAAAGGAGCGUCACCGGACAUGUCCACAGUAGAUUUCAGCUGUAGUUAUAUAUAAGCUCAAGCACACCUUGCACAAUUCAUGAUAAAGUAGCGAACACUGACGAUGUGGUUUGGGGUGGGGCUUCAAGGGGAAACCAGUUAUUUAUUGACAUGCUUUGUAAGUUGUUAUUUUCACUGUUCUUUUUUUUUCUUACUAAUACUGAAAUACUUACAAAAGCCAAAGUGUAUAUGGCUAUUUGAUAUAUUGAUGUUGAUGAUCCUUUUGUUUUCAUUUAAUUGUGGCUUCAUUAAAAUUGGGCUCUUCCCCAGUAAGGAUGAGGAGGAGUAAUGAGGAGCUUAUGUUUGAAAUGAUGGUUGGGAGAGUUGUAUAGAAUGUAUUUCUCUGUGUGCUAGUUUGCACUACAGAUGGAGCUCUGGAGAUAUUUCAUGGAUGUUCAAAUGCUAAAUCUAUGCUAAAUAGAACUUUGUAUACUAUUCCCAAGAACUCGGUUCAACCAGAUUUUGUGAGAAUGAACAAAAACUUUUUC